UAACACAUCUACGGCGGAAGUCAAGGGAAAGUGGGAGGAAAAAAAAAGCGUUCGACAAGUCUAGAUUGUGAAUAACACCGGUAUAGCAUGAUGAAAACGAACUUCUGUUAGGUCAAUACUUUUACAAUCGGAAAAUAACUUUCAAAAAUAGUUUAUUGUGCGGGACACAUAGUCUUACUAUCGAGUUCACAAUGGGACUCCCAACUCUGGAGUUUAGCGAUUCUUUUCUGGAUAGCCCUGAUUUCAGAGAACGGCUAAAAUAUCACGAAAUAGAGUUGGACCGGACAAACAAAUUCAUCAAAGAACUGAUCAAAGACGGGAAUAUGUUGAUAACGGCGCUAAAGAAUCUGUCCACUGCUGUCCAGAAGUUCUCUCAGUCCCUCCAGGAGUUCCAGUUUGAGUGUAUAGGAGACGCAGAGACGGACGACGAGGUCAAUAUUGCCCAGUCGUUCAAGGAGUUCUCCCAGCUGCUGAACACGGUGGAAGAAGAGAGGAGACGUUUGAUCCAGAAUGCCGGACGAUGUGCUAAUUGCACCUUUAGAGAAGUUCAGGAAGGAACAGAUUGGAGCUGCGAAGGAAGGGAAGAAGAAGUUUGACAAGGAGACAGAAAAAUACUACACCGUUCUAGAGAAGCACCUGGCCUUGUCUUCCAGGAAGAAAGAGCCAUUCUUACAAGAGGCAGACACACAGAUUGACAAAGAGAGACAGGUCUUCUAUGAUGCUUCCCUGGAGUACGUCUUCAAGAUUCAGGAGGUCCAAGAAAAGAAGAAGUUUGAGUUUGUGGAACCGCUGCUGGCCUUCCUGCAGGGUCUGUUCACGUUCUACCACGAAGGAUACGAGCUCGCUCACGAGUUUGAGCCGUACAAACAACAACUCCAGUUCAACCUGCAGAACACGAGGAACAACUUUGUGAGUACGAAGCAGGAAGUCGAGAAACUGAUGAAGAGAAUCAGAUCAGCUGAUCAGGACUACAAACCUCCAGGGCAGUGGACCAUGGAGGGUUUCCUCUACGUUCAGGAGAAACGGCCGCUGGGAUGCACGUGGACGCGACAUUACUGUACAUAUGAGAAGAGCAGCAAAACCUUCGCCAUGAUCAACUUUGAAACCAAAUCAGCUGGCAAACAGAAUGGUCUGGUGGUGAGUCCAUCUGAGAUGUUCAAGCUGAAGUCCUGUAUCCGAAGGAAGACCGACUCCAUCGACAAGCGUUUCUGCUUCGACAUCGAAGUGGUGGAGAGAACUGACAUCUGUCAAGGAACUCUUUUCCGACCGCUUCAGUUAAAGUUCUGUAAAGUCCGGCAUGGCAUCGUGACUCUCCAGGCUCUGUCUGAGUCCAACAGAAGGCUGUGGCUGGAGGCUAUGGAUGGCAAGGAGCCGAUUUACAACCUUCCAGCCAUUCUGAGCAAGAAAGAAGAGACGUACCUAAACGAGGCAGGGUUUAAUUUUGUGAGGAAAUGUAUUGACUUGGUGGAGGUAAGAGGGAUCAACACGCUGGGCCUCUACAGAAUAGGAGGGGUCAACUCCAAGGUCCAGAAGUUGAUGACCACUGUGUUUGCAACCAAGGCUCCUGUUGAUAUGAACCUGGACCCAGACACCUGGGACAACAAGACCAUCACCAGCGGCCUGAAGAAUUACCUCAGGUGUCUCUCUGAGCCUCUGAUGACUUUUAAGCUCCACAAAGACUUCAUCAUGGCUGUCAAGUGUGAUGACCAGAACUACAGGGUUAGGGCCGUCCAUGCCUUGGUCCACAAGCUGCCUGAAAGGAACAAGGAGAUGAUGGAGCUGCUGAUCAAACACCUCGUCACAGUGUCCACCCACAGCCAGUUCAACCUGAUGACGGUGUCCAACCUGGGCGUGAUCUUCGGGCCCACGUUGAUGAGGUCACAGGAGGAGACGGUGGCCGCCAUGAUGAACAUCAAAUUCCAGAACAUCGUGGUGGAGAUUCUCAUCGAGAACUUUGACAAGAUCUUCCACCAGGCUCCAGACCCCAACGUACCUCUUCCCCAGCCCCAAUCCCGACCAAGCUCACGCAGGAGCAGGGCCAUCUGCCUGUCCACAGGCCCUAGGAAGCCUCGCAGCAUCUACACCCCAACACUGUGUCUCGCAGACGCUGACAGUCCUUGUACAGGUGACACGUUCAGCAGCAGUCCAGGCAGCACCCCCUUGGGAAGCAUGGAGUCCCUCUCCUCCCACUCCUCUGAGCAGAACAGCUCGUCCAAGACCACUGGCACUUCUUCCCACCACCAGCCCAAAGACAAGGCUUCCCAUCCCCCUGGCCUGUGGCUGGGGAUGGGGCAGGGGACAAGCCAGUGGCUGGGGAUGGGGCAGGGGACCAGCCUGGAGCAGGGGAUUGGUCAGGGGACGAGCCUGGAGCAGGGGAUUGGUCAGGGGACCAGCCUGAAGCAGGAGAUUGGUCAGGGGACCAGCAUGGGGCAGGAGAUGGGUCAGGGACCAACCCUGGGUCUCCGUCGCUCCCCCUCCCAGCUCUCUUCCAACGGGCCAGGGAAAGGAAGCGUCCCAUCCUGCCUUAGCAGCCCAGAGUCUAGCUCCAGGGAAGACGUGGAGACAGGGAGGACAGACGGGGAGUCGGAGGGAGAUGCUCUGAGUCUGUCCUCAACCAGUACCACAGCUACACCCAGGGGGUCCAUCGGCCCGAAGAAAGCCCCCCACUCCCAGACGGAUCUCAGGCCGAUGCCUGUAUCCCAACAGACCCAGCUGAACCGCUCAGCCGCCCCAUCUCUGAGGUCACUGUAUAUCUCUGAAGGCCGUAGGAGUCUGGCAGGUUCAGUCCAGAGUCUGUCUGCCGGGACGCUGGAGCAGAAAGACCAGCAGAAGGAUCAGAAGGAGAGUGUAAAGUCUGCAGACCACCCAGACCUCCCUCCUAAACUAGUCACCCGUCGGAGAUUGGACAGGCCGGACAAGAUGGAGUCCUCCAGAAACGGAUACCAGAGACCAGGCUCAGUGGUUGCUGCAAGAGCCAUGCUGUUUGAAAACUGCCCUUCAGCGGCGCAGACCACACCUGUUGGAAGAGAUGCCAAGGCCAUGUACUCCUGUGAGGCAGAACACAGCCAUGAGCUCAGCUUCCCACAAGGGGCUCUCUUCUCAAACGUGUAUCCAUCUAUUGAACCUGGCUGGAUCCAAGCAACGUUCCAGGGAAAGACUGGCCUGAUCCCUGAGAACUAUGUGGUUUAUCUCUAACAACAAACUGACUGAUCCAAGACCUGAACAACCCGAACCUUGAUCAUUUCAUGGUAUCCAUGGUAACGAUAAUCUGUAACGCGAUUGAUUGAUUGUUGUGAAGGCCAAGUUUUCCCCUAUUGAUCAGAAAUGUAGAUAUGGGAACGUUGAGCAUAGUUCACAUGCAGUAGAAGGAGUAGAUGUGUGUUUUUAUCACCUGAAUGAUAUACCUACCUACCUACCAAAUCUACACCCUUGUCGAGAUGAAUACUUCUGGUCGUGUCAUGCUGCUGGUCCAAUUCUUAUAGGUUAGUGUUGAAAUACUGUAUGUUCCAGAUGGGAUAUGCAGUAAAAACAUACACGAUUGAUAAUAUACACUGAACAAAAAAUAUAAACUCAACAUGUAAAGUGUUGGUCCCAAGUUUCAUGAGCUGAAAUAAAAAAGAAACCUUGAAAUGUUUCAUACGCCCAUAAAUGUGUUUUUCUGUUAAAUUCUGUGUACAAAUGUGUUUACAUCCCUUAGCAUUUCUCCUUUGCCAAGAUAAUCCAUCCACCUGACAGGUGUGGCAUAUCAAGAAUGCUGAUUAAACAGCAUCAUUACACAGGUGCACCUUGUGCUGGGGGACAUUAAAAGGCCACUCUAAAAUGUGCAGUAUUGUCACACAACACAAUGCCACAGAUGUCAAAAUGUUUGAGGGAGCAUGCAAAUGGCAUGCUGACUGAAGGAAUGUCCACCAGAGCUGUUGCCAGAGAAUUGAAUGUUAAUUUCUCUACCAUAAGCCUCCAACGUUGCUUUAGAGAAUUUGUCAGUACGUCCAACCGGCCUCACAACCGCAGACCACGUGUAUGGCGUUUUCUGAUGUCAGCAUUGUGAACAAAGUGCCCCCUGGUGGCAGUGGGGUUAUGGUAUGGGCAGGUAUAAGUUAUGUACAACGAACACAAUUGUAUUUUAUCGAUGGCAAUUUUAAUGCACAGAAAUACAGAGACGAGUACCUGAGGCCCAUCGAGAGGCCCAUUUUUUAAGGUAUCUGUGACCAACAGAUGCAUAUCUCUAUUCCCAGUCCAAUGCUUAUACCCCCAGUUAGUAUUACGGGCACACAAAUAUAUCAGAGUUCGAAAAGAAAACGUUUUUUACCUAAAGAACAAGACUUAAGACCCUGGUGAGAGUAUGAAACAAUCCGUCCCUUCGUCCCUCUCUAACAAGAGCAAGGUAUCGUGUUUCAUUUGAAAACAGCAUAACAGUUUGUAAAAGCAGCAUAUUUCAGGUCAUCCCACCCCCCUUUAACCUUUGAACCCCUAACAGCUAAUUCCAUGGGUGAAAGCACAUAGAUUACUGCCUAAUGAAUUCAUUUCAAUUCAUUGAUUUCCUCAUAUGAACUGCAUGUUACGUUUAUAUUUUUGUUCAGUAUAAUAUAAUAGUAAUAAUAUAAUAAUAAUAAACGUCCAGGAUUCAAUUGCGAUUUUGUCGGCUAUGCACCAAAUAAAAGUGAAUUAUCUGACCGAGCUGACAGGUUUACUGUGAGCGCCGUCUCAGCGAAAGCUAGAACAUCACCUUUAAAAAGGUGCAUAGCGUGAUUGGACUAAAUCCUACUAAUAAAUACCCACAGGUGUAAAGAUAUACAGGUGUGUUACCCAUAGACCUGCUGUUUGCCUGUCUUCAGUGUUGUGGUACUAAUUCACUUCCAGUAUUACGUCAGUCUCGUUUAGAUGACAGGUAGGAUUCUCUUCUUUGAUCAAACCAACACAUCUUUCUGAAUCUUUAAACAAAAUUUAGAUUUUGUACAUUUCAAUGUUUAUGGCAAUAGACAGUUUAUUUAAUGUGAAAUAGUCAGUGCACCUUAGCUGUCAGCUCCUAUCAGCUGUGGUUGUUGGAAUGCAUCCCACAUUCUCAGUUUAGUCAUUUAUCAGACGCUCUUACCCAGAGCGCCUUGCUUCAAGGGGACAUCGACAGGUGUUUUUUACCUAGUUGGCUCAGGGAUUCAAUCCUUGUGGCUCAGUUGGUAGAGCAUGGUGUUUGCAACGCCAGCAUGGUGUGUGCAACGCCAGGGUUGUGGGUUCGAUUCCCACUGGGGUGCCAGUACAAAAAAAAGGUAUGAAAUGUAUGCAUUCACUACUGUAAGUUGCUCUGGAUAAGAGCGUCUGCUAAAAUGACAAAAAAAAAUGUAAAAUGUACCUGCAACUAAGUAUGUGGUGUGAUACUUUUGACCAGGACUCAUAGGGCUCCAUUUGGGAAUGUAUUUUCUUAACUAGUAAAUCACUCAAGUGUUUUUCUUAACUAGUAAAUCACUCAAGUGCACUUUUGUUUAACUAUAUGGUACCUGCAUGUCACACAUCCAGGAGCUCUUCCUCUAUUUGGUACUAUUCAAGUAUUUACCCUUCUUUAAAUCUUCACUGUGUAUGGAAAGAAAUGAUCACUUAAAGGGCCAGGAUGCGAUCCGAUCCAGCUAUGCACAUUUUAAAGCCGAAGUUCCUGUUGUUUCGUAGAGAACACGGGAAAUUACCUUUAAGUGGUGCAUACGACCCAUAUCGUCGAUCGGUUUGAAUCCCGGGCCGUAGUUAACUCGUUUUAAUGUAUCGUUACGUCUAAAUGAUGAAUUAGAAUACUGAAUGUUUGUCUAAUGUCCGAUAUAUUACUCUCUAGUCUAGUACACUGGUGUACUAGCAAUGUCAACGGUGAAUUAUAUCAACUCAGACUAAACAUGUAUAAUAUGAGGCCAACGUCCCAAAUUGCACCCUUUAGCCUAUAUAUAGUGCACUACUUUAGGCCAGAGCCCUAUGCCCUAUAUAGUGCACUACUUUAGACCAGAGCCCUAUGGACCCUAUGCCCUAUAUAGUGCAUUACAUUAGACCAGAGCCCUAUGGACCCUAUGCCCUAUAUAGUGUACUACUUUAGACAGGAGCCCUAUGUACCCUGGUCAAAAGAGGUGCACUAUGAAGGGAAGAAGGUGCCAUUUGGGACGUAACCUCCGAUUCUAUUUUUUAUUAAAGAUGGUGUUUGAUAUUUAAUUUUGUACUGUCACAAAAAAAAACUAAAGACGACUCAAGUAAUAAAUAUGUAACUUGUGUACAACA